GUCGACCGUGUGAGAGUUCACAGGUCAUGCAAAGGUCGUGUUGUGCUUUUGCGUUCAGCUCGUAUUUUAGCCAGCAGGGACUAGUGAUGUGAUGGCUUUCCUUAGUUUGUUCAUGAGGAGGCAGUUGCCUCAGUCCGUGUCCCACUUCGCCCGGGUAGUGAAGCAGGUCCGGCCUCCCUGCGCCGCAGCCCCGCUGCGGAGGCUGCACGGCUCGGCCCGGCUUCGGCAUGGGGAGAAGGGACCGUGGGGGAAGAGCCGGGGGCCGGAGCCGCAGCAGUACCAGUUCACAGACCUCGACAAGGCGGACGCUUUGAUGCUGAGAAAGUCCCAUGAAACAGGAUUCCUCUCGUGGUUCAGGAACGGUCUACUGGCAACUGGGAUCGGAGUCAUCGCAUUUGUCCAGAGUGAAGUGGGACGAGAAGCAGGAUAUGCCUUCUUUAUCCUGGGAGGUGUGUGUGUGUCGUUUGGCGGUGCCUCGUACAUUGGCAGCCUUUUUGCCUUGCGGAGGAUGAUGCUGGUGUCCGUGCCAGCGCUGCUGCUCCAAGGAGCCGUGGUGGGCAGCGUCGCCCUCUUCUGGCUCUGUGCGGUAUCUCUCUACAUCGGCCGCCUGGAGGUGGAGAUCAUCCACGAGGGGGAUGAGGAGGGAGAGGACGAGGAAGAGUGCCGGGAGUGCCGGGAGAGGCGCGAACUCCGGGGUUACCGUGGCUCCCGCGACAGUGAGGACAGUGACAGCAAGGGGCCGAAGAAGUAGAGAUCUUCCCAGGAUGGAGAAUGGAGGGGUGUGUGUGUGUGUGUGUGUGUGUGUGUGUGUGUGUGUGUGUGUGUGUGUGUGUGUGUGUGUGUGUGUGUGUGUGUGUGUGUGUACGCGCUGCUUUGAUUCAGGGUUUCCCCUUAUUUGUAUGUGUGUGUGCAAGCAAGCAGCCUACAGGUUCAUAUGCAGGCUGUGUGUGAGUUUAUAGAUACAGAUCUAUUAUCCAUUAUAAUAUUGAUGUAAAGACUGUUGUAAAGGUAAAGAAAGACUUCAUGAUCUUUUGGAGAACAGGUGAGAGAGAUGCUGAGAAUUAUUGAUAAUUUGGUCAUUUGAAUACACUCACCUCUGCUGAAUAAAUCAGCUGUUUUGUAAAAUUUCUUACAAUCACAUAUAUUGAAAGCUGCUUCACUUGCGUUAUCAAUCUGUCUGAAAAUUGUAUUGAUUUUUUUUUUUUUUUCAUUUUCUACAUCUUCAUAUUCACAUGCACAUUGGAAAGACUCACUGAGAACAUCAUAUGUUUCUUCUUCAAGUUUACUUUUCAGGGCACUGUAUGCAAUCAUUUUUAGACCAUUGGCUUUUCCCAGCCAAGUGUUGCUAGAUGCUGUUUGUCAUAUAAUCUUGUUUAACAUAAUUAACUGUGACUUGACUACUUGAAGUUUUCAUAAAAGUCUUGAAAUAAAAGAAUCUGGUUGUAAUAUGCUGUGAGAUCUAGAGAGGAUGGACAUACUAUAUGCAUGUUUGAGGUCUCUCUUUGUGAUUGCAAAUUAAUGAGGGCUUAGAAUUUAUUUUUAAAAGGUUUAAAUUGACCCUGUGAAGUAAAUUUUUUAUUUUGUUUUAUAAGGACAAUAGCACUUUUAUCAGUUUUCGUUUGUCAUUAUAGUAACUCUAGACUUUUGGAAUCAGAGUAUUUUUUACUGCUUUUUCUGUGGUUAUAUAUUUUGCUCGGUAUUGUAAAUAUACAUGUACAGUACCUAAAUCUAACCAUAAACCAUUUUAUCUUCUGAGUGAGUUUCACACUAUCUGGUGAUAGAUAUAAUUGCUGUUUUACUGGAUUUUAGGAAUAGUUGAUAGUAUGGAAAAGUUGAUAAUAUUGAGUUUGUGUGUGGGAAUGGGGUUCACUGUUGUUUACUUUUGUUUAUGUGUGCACCACUUUCAAUGCGCCCUACUGUACAUACAGUAAUAAAGCCAGAUGAAAUCUGUG